UGGGAGCAGUCAGUCGGCCAUUGAUGUGUGUCGUGGCUCUGUAACAAAACACGAAGACAGAAAGGAAAGGUGAGAUAUAGCACGUACGGGAAAGGAGAGCUGUUUUCAUUAUUUUAAUAGCAAAAUUCUUCACCACACUGAUCACAGGAUUGACAACAUCCGGAUAUGUCCUUCAUAUUUGAUUGGCUUUACAGUGGUUUCAAUAGUGUAUUGCAGUUAUUAGGACUGUACAAGAAAUCUGGCAAGUUAGUGUUUCUUGGACUGGACAAUGCUGGCAAGACAACCCUACUGCACAUGCUCAAAGAUGACCGAUUGGGACAGCAUGUGCCCACUUUACAUCCCACUUCUGAGGAGCUGACGAUCGCUGGCAUGACCUUCACCACCUUUGAUUUGGGUGGCCACGCACAAGCUCGCAGAGUGUGGAAAAACUACCUCCCCGCCAUCAACGGCAUCGUCUUCCUGGUGGACUGCGCAGAUCACCAGCGACUGGGCGAGUCCAAAGUGGAGCUCGACGCACUAAUGACAGACGAGACCAUCGGAAAUGUGCCUAUCCUGAUCCUGGGAAACAAGAUCGACAGACCAGAAGCCAUCAGCGAGGAGAGGCUGCGGGAGCUGUUCGGCCUGUACGGUCAGACGACGGGAAAGGGCAACGUCCCGAUGAAGGAGCUGAACACGAGACCACUGGAGGUGUUCAUGUGCACUGUGCUGAAGAGGCAGGGGUACGGGGAGGGGUUCCGCUGGCUGUCCCAGUACAUCGACUAGAGCAGGAGAGGAGCCGCCCACCACCAUAUUCAACCCCUCCUUCGGUUAUGAAGUCUGCCUCUGCUCUCACAACACAACAGCCUGAACCCAACAGACUUUUUUAUUGGUUGAACAUUUGGUUACACAAUUGUCAUACUUUUUCUAGAAAAUAAUAUAGUAUUGACUCUGCAGGAAUGUCAAGUCCAAGGUUGUUGAAUUCUCCCAUUUUCUUUUUUUCUUUAUUUUUUUUUACCUGCCCCUUAAAGAUCGCUGCGUAAUUCCAAACCCAGUGGAUGAUUAUUUAGAGAAAUAUCAGUGCCCCAAUAUCUUUCGAACAUUGAGACCAGAAGUCAGUAAUGGCAUGCUUCUGAGUGCACAUUUUUUAACAGCAAAGACUUGUAGACAUGUCAAACACGUGACCUACAGUAUUUAACGUUCAUGUUAAUUUCCUUAGUUUUUUUUUUUUUUUGAACGAUUUCAGUAAACAUGUGGCCACUUGUACAUGUUACCUUGAACUUUUUGUUUAUUUCUGGCUGCAACCUUUUUAUUUUUCGUUUGAUAUAACCACAGCAUUGCAAACAGUGCCCCUUGUGUCCUGAGUCUUCUGAAUGUUUAUGAUGGUGUGCGUGCGAUGGAACCUUUGAGAACAGGUAUGUUUCAUACACACUACGGAUGGUCCUUCGUCACUCGUGUGAAUGGGACGCACGCUUCUUUGACUUUUCAGGCGACGCAGUGCACUUUGGGAUAGGAAACACGACAGGAGGGAGGUUGUAGCCGUUAUUGGGGGGGGGGGGGGGGGUGGAUGCCAGAUUGUUCUUAAGUGAGUUUGAGGUAUGGUUUUUCGGUUGGGGCUUCAGCAGAUUAAUUGAUGUCGAAGUUAUCGUGAGAAGAAGGAACAGUACCUAGCUGUGGGUGGAACUGUUGGAAGUAGCGUGAUUGUAACGUGCAGUAAUCAUUAGACAUGGUUUUUAUUCUGCAGUACUUGCAAGGUCGUAAUCUUGUUUGCGGCAUACUUGGGUCCUUUUGACAUCGAUUGCGUACACAAACCUGGAAGGAUGUCGAUGUAAUACCGUGACUCCAAAGAGAAACCGUGUGAAAUAUGAACAUGUAUUUAAUAAUCGAGAACAGGUAGGCUAAACGCGAGGAAACGAAUAUAUGAAAUGUAUACGAACGCCAUACAUGGAUUUAAUGCGAUUUCCAGAGUAGUGCCCAGUGUAAUCGCUGUGCAUUCCAAAAACAAAUCUGCAUGCCUUGUCCUUUAAUCUUUUUUAAUGACCACAUAAAAAUGGAAGUUGACAAUGCAAUAAAUGCCAAAUUUCCAGUUGAAGAAUUGAGAAUAAUCUCAUUAAAAAUAACUUAGUGGAAUGGCGCAUUAAUACACAUUUUAUGUUCUGUUACUAUUUUCUCUCGCCAUUUCCUCUUAUAUUCUAUACUUCAUGAGCUGUUCCAUUAGGAUAAAUUCCUUGUUGUUUGCAGCAGAAAUUGUAAUAAAUGUUUGCAAUGAACAA